AUGCAAAACUCUGACACAAUAGAAAAUCAGCCUAUUUAAUCUGAAGAUCAGACUUAGAUUCAUCAGAAUUGGGCCAAAACAAUCACCUACUCGACAUCUAAUGUGGUAACUCCAACUAAUGUUGAAGAAAUUCAAGCAAUACUAAGAAAUCCAGAAAAUAAGCAUAUUAAGGCUCAGGGAACAGGACAUACCUUUAACAAUAUUGCUGAUACAACUCACGAUGGAGUUCUCAUAUCACUCCAAAACUUUAAGGAUGUCUAGGUUGAUGAUGAAACAGUCACAUUUGGAUCUGGAGUUACAUAUUCAGAGCUGAUUUAGUAUGUUGAUAAGGCUGGAAGAGCUCUACCAAAUGUCCCAUCACUUCCACACAUCAACGUUGUUGGAUCAAUGAUAACAGCAACUCAUGGCUCUGGAUUUAAACAACCUUUGAUGGUAGCUCACGUUGUUGCAUUUGACAUAGUCCUUCCUAGCGGAGAUCUGAAGCAUUUUAAAAAAGAUGAGGAGGAGGAUUUUUUCUACUAUAUACACAGCUUUGGCUCUUUAGGUAUAAUUUAUAGAAUGACAAUGAAAAUUGAGCCAUCUUUCUAAGUUUUUAAAGCCAUCUACUAAGACUUAGAUUGGUCUUUCUUUGAUGACAGAGAAACUCAGGACAAGAUAUUCUAGAGUUGUGAUUACUUGAGUUUCUUCACAGAUUGGAAAGAGAGAAAAAUGACUUCAGUGUGGAAAGCUACUAAGUUCAUCAAGGAUGAAGAUUGCCCCAAGUAUGAAGAUACUUUCUUCAAUGCAGAGCAUAUCAAGACAGAACAUAUUCAUCCAGUAAGAGGAAGAGACCCUUCACCUUGUGUUUUUGUAGGUGCUGGAUCGUGGAGAGAAAAGAUAUAUCACUUCUUCCCAGAUGCUCCUCCUAGUUCAGGAGGAGAUGAGUCUCACACAGAGUUCUUCAUUCCUUACAACAACUUCAAAGAGGCUCUUGACGCACUUUAUGAUAUCAGAGAACACUUUAUUCACCUUGUUCAAGUUUCAGAGCUUAGAUUUGUAUGUGCUGACGAUAUACCUCUUAGUCCUGCUAAGGGAUAAAAUGUAGUUGGCUUUCACUGGACCUGGUUUAGAAAGCAUGAUGAAAUAAUUCAAGUUCUACCAAUUAUUGAAGAAACUUUAGCUAAGUUCAAUCCAUUGCCUCAUUAUGGUAAACUUUUUGGACUGAAUGGAGAUAUUUUAUAAGAACGUCUAGGUGAUGACCUAGCUAAACUUAGAGAUUUAAUUAGAAAGCAUGAUCCAGAGUAAAAAUUAGUCAAUAAUUUUACUAGAAAAUAUUUAAAUUUGAGAUAAGAUUGA